AGUUAACGUAUCACACAACAAACGACCCACACCAAUGGUCAACAAAACAAUCCCCAACCCUUUUUUGAGUUUUUCCCACAUGAUCCUUCUCUUCACCUUCCCCUCUUGACUAUGACCACGCAUGUUAUAUAAAUAACCACAUCCCUCACACAAACCUUUUGCUACCAACCCAAAAAACAAAAUCACAAACCAACCUUAGCCUAGAGAAAAUUAACAAGCUAGUUUGCUUGUUUUUCAGUGAACUCAAGGAAUACACUUUAUCUCUUGAGAUACGUACUAAGAUUCAUUUAAGAAAUUGAUAUAUUCCCAUAAUUAAUUUGAAAGAAGAUGGAAGUGGUGGUACAAAGUCCUAGUAGUCCAAACAUGGAUACUUUCGAUUUUGGUGGCAACAUGGGUUCGAUCUUUCAAAGUGUUCCUUCUUCACCAAAAGGGUUUGGUAAUUACUACCUAAGCGCACCGGCGAGUCCAUCUAGGAUGUCUGAAUUAUACACCGAAUUUGAAUAUUAUUCUUCGGCUUCACCCUCUUCAUUCGAAGCAGGCAACAAAAUUGAUGAUGACGAUGAAGACGAAAACAACAACGAUUACAGCUUUGCGUUUUACGUGAAUCGCGAUCAAUCAGACAAGUCGUCUCGCUCCGCCGAAGAGCUCUUCGACGGUGGCAAAAUCAAGCCCUUGAACGAGUCAUCACGUGCGACUUCUGUUGCUGAACAAAAAAGAGGCAGAGAAAGAGAGAGAAGUUCUUCUUCAACAACAACAACAAAGUUGUCGUCCUCGAACUCGGGUGUUCGUAGGGUGGCACGAUCACUUUCUCCUUAUAGAAAAUCAUGGGAAGUUGAACAACAGAAAGAACAACCUCGGAUCAUCAGCAAAGAGGAAUCAAGUGCGAGUGUCUUGUCCUCGAGCACUUCUUCUUCGAAGGGUUCGAAGAGGUGGUCACUGAAGGACUUUUUGUUGUUCCGUAGUGCCUCCGAAGGGAGAGGUUCAAGCAAGGAUGCAUUGAAGAAGUACUACAACAAGAAGAAUAGUAACGAAGAAGUUAAAGGGUCGUCGAGUUUUAGAUCCUCGGAUUCGUCGAGGUCAAGAAAGGGAACUAUUUCGGCGCAUGAGUUGCACUACGCCAUGAAGAAAGCAGAGUCCGAGGAUAUGAAGAAGAGAACCUUCUUGCCUUACAAACAAGGGAUUCUGGGAAGGUUGGCUGGUUUUGGAAUCUAGUUAAUUACCAGAUCAUGAUGAUGAUGAUGAUGAAGUUUCGUAUACUAUACCCAGUUGUUGUUUUUUGUUUUUUAGUGAAAAAAAUGUUGGAUUCUUUUGUUAAAUUGUAAUUUCCCUCAAGUGGGUUUAAGCCGUGUAUGUAGACCCAAUCAUUUGUCCUUUAUGUGAAGGGUAAAUAUGUAUGAUGUGAGUUGCAAUUUGCAAAUCAUCGCGGUCAAUUUUAAACUAUACUACAUUUACUUCAUCAAUGCAAUUAUUUUCUUUAUUACCGUA